GGGGGAGAAAGGUGAAGUGCCAUAUAUGUGUGGGCACUCAACUUCCUAGGCAUUUUGGGCAAGAUAACAUAAGCUUAAGCCAAAUAACAAAACCGCGAGGGCUUGGAACCCAAGCGGACAAUAUCUUGCUACUAAAGCAAGGUCACGGCAAAAUGGUAUUAGAGCUAGACACCGACCGAAGUAUACUAGCAAGGACGUUGGGCCCCAAGUGGGUAAAUGGUAAGAACUAUGAGCCCUCAUUUUUUUUUUCGGCAAUUACAUCCGUUAACUCGAUAAAUAGUUCCAAUUGGGUCAUGCCGUCCAAUUCUGUCAAUUUAUCUGUCAAAGUGAGAGGGUAAAAGUGUCCUUUCGGGUUCUUCAUCCAUCAUUGACCCCAACUCCACCUUCUUCAUCCAUCAUCAACUCUAACAACCCCACCUCCAUCUUCACAAGUUUUCAGUACAAAUCCAUAUCAAAUAGUUUGUGAUUGGUAGAAACCACAUAGGAUUUACUUGGCUCUAUUUACAGUUUGUAAAAUUGAAAAGAAAAAAUGAAAAAACUUAGAAAACUUAAAUAUUAAAAAAAAACAAAAUACGGCUGGCAUUGACUUUUGAAUUUAGCUUAGUUAGACAAGAAGCAAACACAGUUCUCCUUUAAGUCCUCAAGCAAAGCAUCUAUCCCACUAUUCCAAAUAGUCGUAUGGCUAGAAUGGAGGAGGUGAAUCAUUCCCGAAGGUGUGUGAGUUUAUCUUUAAGCUCUCCUUCUCUCUCUCAGCUCUCCCUCUCUAUCUCUCCCUCUCUCCAGCAACCCAUUUCCCCUUCUCCUUAGCCCACUCCCUCAAAACCCAGAUCCGAACCCAACCUGCAACCCACCCCCCAUCUCCCAACCUGCAAAACCCAGAACCCACCCUCAACCACAUCCCCUCAAGCUCUCCUCCUCUGCUGCCGCCGUAAACCCUUGGCGCCAUAAUGAAGGCAACCAUAACCGCCAUCUAAGCCAUGACGUUGGUAGACGUGGCCAAAUCCAACGCCAUCAGCUUCUGCACAUGCUUCACUAUCUACACCAGGUGCUGCCACUCCAGCUUCACCACCGAGCUCACGAUGGGCAGCUCUGUUGUGAUUUUAUUUCUCCGAUUUUGCUAUAGUUCUUUUUAGAUGUUCAUGUCUCAAAAGCUUUUGAAAAAUUCUCCUUUUGUUUGUUGUUUGUUGAAUUGAUGAAUUUGUGAACUGCAUUUUGUUGGUGUUUGUGAUUAGAUCAAGAUUUUCGUAUGGGUUUUAGGUGUUUCGUUUCUUUGAUCGUAUUUGGGGAAAAAAAUUUCCAUAUGAUUUUGUUUUUGGAUUGUGGUUCUGUUCAAUCCAUUUUGAAAAGGACGCUUUUAUCCCUCAUUUUAACGGACAAAUUGACAGAGUUGGAUGACAGAACUCAAUUGAAACUAUUUAUCGAGUUAACGGAUAUAAUUGCUGAAAAAAAAAAUCACGGACCCAAUUGCAAAUAGAGACCAAAUUCAGGGACGUUUACAGUAAAUAACCCUUUUCUAAAAUCAUUUUCUUGAGGAAAAAGUUUUAAUAACAAAAAUAUCGGGUCUCCAUUUACUCGACGAGCUUCCCGUGCAGAAGGCCAAAUGGUAAUAGCAUACUCAGCCUCGACCAACUCUCCCUUGUCAUCCCAUCUACUCAAUUAAACAUGUCACUAAUGGAUGCAAAAUACAGUCAGGGUUUAGGGUUUUUCCAUUUUUCACAAACAUUUUGGUUUCAUAACAAUUUAGCUGAGGCGCAUAAUGAACUUCCACUUAGCUCCAACUAUGUCUCGAGCGUAGUUUUCUUCUGGGUUCUUUGACAUUUCAACAAACAGUUUGAGCUCCAACUUGGUUUCAACUUCUGUUCCAACAUGAGCGAUUCUGGACCUACUUGCCAAUUCUUUGCCCCAUAUCUUGAAUCCGGUGACAACAGGCAUCAACUAAAGCCUGAAUUUCCUAAUGCUGAUAAAGAUUUCAAAGAUCACUCUGACAUUGAAAGCCAUCCUUUCAAGAAACGCAAAACUUCUGAAGUCGUAUUGAUCUCUACGAUUCCCAUGGCGCAGAAUAAAGUGUUGCAUUGUAAUUUCAAAACCAGACUUUGCAACAACUUCAAAAUGGGUAAUUGCCAUUAUGGGCAGGGAUGUUGUUUUGCCCAUGGAAUCAGUGAUCUCCGCAAGACUUGGCGUCAUUGGCAAGGACUGGAAACUGAGGAGGGCUUCAAGGCCAGGACUUAUGAUCAUAGAAGAACUUCUAAUGAUGUAUGCAGAUUGUUCUUUAAUGGGGGAAAAUGCUCAUAUGGAGACAAAUGCCGCUAUCCUCAUCAUGUAACUCCUGAAAGCAUCAGAGAGAAGUCAGCGAUAAGCAUUUCAACUACUGGGGCUCACAUGGGUGGUUCUGGUCAAUUUUACAGCAAGAGGUCUUUGGUGGAAUCUAGAAGUGUGCAGAAUUCGAGGACUUCUUCUACAAGUAUGUCAAAACGUAGGAUGGGAAUUGGGGCUACUUAUCAUAAACAAGUGCAGGGUAUGGAAUGCAACUUCAAAUGGAACGAACUCGAGAAAAUGAGUCGCAUCUAUGCUGAUUGGAUUGAAGAUAUCCCCCUUGUACAUGGCUCAUCAAGCAAAGCGGAGUGCUGAUCAAGUUUAGUUUGAUAUGUGUAAAGGAAGAGAUUAGUUAUGUAUUCUUCCUGUACAGAUAGGAAGUUUGUUGUGUUUUCCUAGAUCUAACACCUUAGUUUUGUUGAACAAGUGCGGGAUUGACGUUUGAUCUCGAUACAUGGCUUAUGGCUUAAUAAUCAGAAGAUGCUUCGCAUGACUCCAACUCUGCCGAAUCAGGAGAAUCUAACUCGACCAGAAAACCAGCAAACCUAAGUCCCUACAAAGAGGGUUUUCUUAUAUCUUGAUUUUCCCCUAUCUCUGUUAUCCAGGGAUUUCAGUCGUUACUUUGCUUUUUGUAAAGGCAUGUUUUCUUUUUACAAGAUGUGGUGUGUCAAAUGGAUGUAACUAGCGGAAAAUUGGUUCGUGUAGUGUGAACUGACUUGAAAAUGUUAUUUGCAAGUAACUCUCAGAGAAUGCUCCUUAGCUAUGUGUGUUCUUGGUUGUGUGUGUAUGAAUCUGAUUUGUGGCUGCUCAAAAUCUUCCGUAUGUGUUUGCUG